AUGUCGCAAUCCGACUUUGUAUGCAGAGCUCCCGCCGUCUCGGGCGGCCCCUGGGGCUCAAACCGGAGUUCCUUCAUUGAACCUUUCAAGGGUAGCUACGAAAAUGGCUUCUACUCCGUUUCAAGCGCAAACUACAUAGGCAAUGGGUAUACGCCUGGUCAUGGUGGUCCUGUGAGCCACCGAGGGAGCAUUUCGCGACCCGAUUCUGCCUUCCCAUCUGGCGGAUCCUUCAACAGUCGCCCACAAUCAGCCGCCUUCACUGGUGCAGCAAUGGGAUCAUACAAUGGCACAGCAUCUUCCCAGCCUUGGGACAUGCCGGGGCGUUACUCACCCACCGAUUCCGUCGACGAUAUUAUUGCAUCCCCAAACCUGUCAGAUUACUCCAUCGAAAACGGCAUGAAGCCGGCCAGCCACAGCGGCAAGUCGAAGGCCAAUGGCAAGAAUAGGCCCCAACGACGACCCUCGAAUCGGGAUGAGUUUGACGGCCCACAUCAGUUCUUGCAACGCCCACCGCCUAGCGUGAUCGCCAUGCAGGAACGGGAGUUACCUCACUUGCCGACCAAUCUUCACAUCCAGGAGCAAGACAACGUCCUCAGCCAAGUCAACGAUAGAUUGUCUCAGUGUGCUUUCGAUUUCGUCGCCAAGUAUCAGUUUCCCAUUCCCUUGACCCAGGACAUGCGCCCCGUCGAGCGGCCACAAGACCGAGAAUGGACCGAAUGGGUCUAUCUCCUCAAGCGUCUUGCCACCAAGCGACGAAUCCCCGCACGAGUCCUGUACAAUGGGCAGAUCAAGCAGUUUGUGACCAUUCUCGAGAACUCUCUGGAGAUGAGGCACGCUGCCAAACACCAGAGUCGUCCUCUCAAGGACGACCGCAACAUCCUUCAGCUCAUCUCGGCUGGCAUUCAAGUCGCCAAGAUCCUGAAGGAUGCCUCGGCCAUGGAUUACCUUGACCAAUUAUACGUUUCCACCGAAAAGCAGAUUCGGGAGCGGACCGCGUCUCGCUUCCGACACUAA